AUGGCUCCUCUUUUGUUGAGAAGUGAGUUUUUAAUCAUGCUCAAUAUGGCUCCUCUUUUGUUGAGAAGUGAGUUUUUAAUCAUGCUCAAUAUGGCUCCUCUUUUGUUGAGAAAUUUUGAUCAAGAAAUUGGCGGGGUCUGCAAAAGAUGGAAUAAAAAAUUUAGCUCAAUAUGGCUCUUCUUUGCGUUGAAAUCCAAUUGUCGCUGGAUUGGGAUACUUGAGACUUUACCCAUAAGGGAGUCCUUCCAGAAAUUCUCAAAGGCUCGAGUUGAACCCAAGCCUAAGAGGGGGUUUGGAAAUAGUUUUCAACCAGCAAUAGACGCGCCUCAGUUAGAACCUCACUAG